GCCAGACGCGACGGUUUCCGGAUUGGGCUUCAGGCAGUAUUCCGAGCCAUGGGGGUUUGGCUGCGUUUGCUGGUGUUUGGUGGAGUGUCGCUUCGGGGCUGCGGCGGGACCUGUGUCCCACUUUGGGGAAGCCGACUAGUGAUUUGUCGGCGCCAGUUCUCUGGCGCUGAGAGUGAGACCCUAAAACAAAGAAGAUCACAAAUCAUGUCUCGAGGACUUCCAAAGCAGAAACCGAUAGAAGGUGUUAAACAAGUUAUAGUUGUGGCUUCUGGAAAGGGUGGAGUUGGAAAGUCUACUACAGCAGUGAACCUUGCACUUGCUCUAGCAGCGAAUGAUUCGUCAAAGGCUGUUGGUCUGUUAGAUGUGGAUGUGUAUGGCCCUUCAAUUCCAAAGAUGAUGAAUCUGAAAGGCAAUCCAGAAUUAUCACAGAGCAACUUAAUGCGGCCUCUUUUGAAUUAUGGUAUUGCUUGUAUGUCCAUGGGCUUCCUGGUUGAAGAGACUGCCCCCCUUGUUUGGAGAGGUCUUAUGGUAAUGUCUGCCAUUGAGAAACUAUUGAGGCAGGUAGAUUGGGGUCAACUGGAUUAUCUGGUUGUUGACAUGCCACCAGGAACUGGAGAUGUGCAGUUAUCAGUCUCACAGAAUAUUCCCAUUUCAGGUGCUGUCAUUGUCUCCACGCCUCAGGACAUUGCCUUGAUGGAUGCACACAAGGGAGCUGAGAUGUUUCGAAAAGUCCACGUGCCUGUUCUGGGCCUUGUCCAAAAUAUGAGUGUUUUCCAGUGUCCAAAGUGUAAACACAAAACUCAUAUUUUUGGUGCUGAUGGUGCAAGGAGACUAGCACGGACCCUUGAUCUUGAUAUUCUAGGAGACGUCCCCUUACAUCUUAACAUAAGGGAAGCCUCAGAUACAGGCCAGCCGAUUGUGUUUUCACAGCCUGAAAGUGAGGAGUCUGGAGAAAUUCAGGAACCUGCUGACCAAGAGGGAGAGUGAUGAGAAAAAUGAAAUGGCAGAUUCAGACCAACCCUGCCCUGGCUGAGGACACCAUGAAGUGAGCACGUGUGGACAGUACAUGUCUACAUUCACCAAGUACUGGGGUCACCUGCCUCUGAAGAAGAAGGCCUAAGGCACGGAGGUCAGCAGGCAGGUCCCUCCUUCCUGUCCUUCCUAGAGCCUCUAGAAUCUGUUCUCCACAUCUGAGAAUCUUUCCUGUGUUCCUCGUCAUCGCUGCUUCUGGAAAGCACGAGCAGGCGAGGGGGCCAGAUCAGCUCUGCAGGGCUCGUUUCCUCGCAUCUGUGUGUCUGAGGUCAGAAUCCAAGAGAAUCACGCCUCCCCGCCGCUUUCCAGAUUUAACCAUUGACACGCAUGAGCAGAGCCCCUGGGUGUUGAUGGGGAGAAGAUGAAGCUUUGUUUGGGGAGAAAUGGGUAUCUGAAAUUGAUUGAGAAAGAGAGCAAAGGGAGAGCUGUGGUUGGCCUGAACAGUCUUGAGUGUCAUUCAAAUGUUGCCAGCGGGUGUGAGCUGACACUUCUAGGAAUUCCACUGGCCAAGGAGCCCAGAGCACUGUGGGUAUUUUUUGUUUUGUUUUGUUUACAGCAUUGAGUCCACAGCCAUUGUGCUCUGCCCAUGGCAUGGUGCCUUUUCUCCAGUUGCAGUCAUGAAACAGGCAGGUAUUGAGUGCCCACUGCAUGUGCCAGUAUACCAGGGAGGCAGUUGAUUAUAAUUAUUUGGAUCACGUGUUUUAGAGCCAGUCAGGCCUGAGUGCAGAUCUCCACUUUUGCAGUGUGAUCUUAGGAAGUGUUUUAAUCUCUAAGCCAUGGUUUCUUUAUUUGCAAAAUGGGGAUAAUAACACCUUUACCACAGAAGUCCUGUGAGAAUGAAGUGAGGUGAUAUAUGUCACUUCUGACCUCAGAGCCUGGCUCACAGGCAUUCAGUGAACGGCAGCAGCUGGGACCAGAUGAGGUGAGCGAGGUGUACCAUGUGGAACUCUCACCACCAUCGCCAUUGUUGCUCUUAAGUUAUUAUGCCAUAGUAGGUGCCCUGGGAAUUACCAAGCUGCAUGAGGCACGAUCCCUUCUCUCCAGGAGCAGGGGGUCCCUGAGGGGAGAGAAGAUGUACACACAAGUGAGCCAGGGAUGAGCUAGGUGUGAUGAUUGAGAGAGGAAGGAGAGAUCGCUUCCAUCCAGGGAUUCAGAGACUGUGUACAUGAGGAGUGGACGAGAGGGCUGCUGGCAGAGAUUGAGGGGAAGGACAGUUUCUGGAGAGAAAGGCUUGAUCAAGGCCACAGAGGUGAAGAACUGUGCUCAGGGAGAAUUGAAUGGCUGUGAUCCUGGCACUUGGAGACAGCUCAGUGAGACUGGUGAGAGGCUGGUGGCAGCCCAUUUGUACAGGUCUUACAUACCAAGCAAUGGCGUCCAGACUGUGUUUGGUAAAAAACAGAAAACCACAGACAGCAUCCCAGGAGGGAAUGACAAGAGUAAUGAUAAAUACUUUUUUUUCCUUUUGAAACAGGGGAGUUUUGAGAGUCAGAAUUUACUGACAUUGCCUGGUCAAAACUGAACACAAAUCUUCAUGCCUUGAGAUGCAGAAAGGCAAGAUGCUUCCUAAUGGAGACUGAUGAAGCCGGAAUGCAGAUAAUGAACUGAAACAGGAUUCCUCACUGAAACGAAAGUCAGGGCUGGCGAUAAUGAACAGAGUUGUCUCUAUUGAGCCCAGAAGCUCCACUCGACGUGGAACUUUGUGAAAUGAGGUCUUCCUUGUAAAACAACAGAUUGUGAGGAGUGGAAUCUAUGUUUAAAUUGCUGUUAAACUGAGCUAAGCAAAGUGAAGAAAUAGCCUUCCAACUUAGGAGAUUAAUCCUGCAAGCAAGGUGCUCAAAAAUGUCCAAGAGGCUUGAAGUCCUUCUGGAAUCUUCCGGCAACCUUUGAAAGGAAACUGUUGUAAAAUUUCUCCUGCCAAGAAGGAGCUUAAGCAUCUCAAGGGCAACCUGAAGCUAUUGUCCAAGGUUGUUUCCCUGAACGGACAGUCUCAAGUCAGGAACUUGUGAUAUUGUGAGUGAAUGAAAGAAGAUAAGAAUACUCAGGUUCAAGCAUUUUGAAACUCUGGAGAAAUGUUUCCCUGGGCUGGGGAGUAUCACCAAAAUAUCCCAGAGUUUGGGACACAGUAAAGAAGGAACUGAAGGAAUGUUUAUUCCAUAAUAAGGUCGGAUAAUAAGUUUACUGAUCCUGUACUCCCAGUAUGAAUCUCAACAGCUUUUCUGCUGUGCUGGAUGAAAAGAGUGGGGUCUGGAUCGAAGAGAUGUGCUCUUUGAGAUUCUUCUGUGGUGCCAGGGUUUUGAAUUCCAAUGAAGUUCAACAUUUUUGAGUGUUGGGUGCUAAAUAAAACAGAUGCUCUCUUGGGCCCGUGAAAGAUGAAUCAGACAUGUUCUCUGCUUUUGAGGCUCACAGCUGUGCCUGGGAGGCUGACUGCUGGAAAACCAGAGUGUAAAGUAAUAAAUACCACCAUGGAGUCAUUCAUUUCUUCAGAACAAUAUUUGUCAAGCUUCCUGCUAUGUGACCACACUGUUCCUGGCACUGGAGAUACCUCUGGGUACAAGAUAAAGUCCCUAGUUUUUACCUGGGAGUGAGGUAAGGACGGACAAGAAAUAGGUAAGCAUGAACAAAGAAAUUAGCAUGCCUCAUCUCAUUGUAUUCUCAAUUACGGUGACAAGGACUAUCUUUAUCACGCCUAUUUUAUAAAUACUGAGACUAAGGACUAGAGCGGGUAACAUUUGAAAUCACAGAGGUGGACGUGCUAGAACUAGGACUGUGUGUGCAUUAAAGUCUAAUUUUAAAAUGUUGUUGGCAUCAGGUGAACAGCAUUGGGUUCAUCAGUAUCCUGGGUCCAGCACAUACCUUGUCAUCAAUCCACAUACAGCUCAUGCCCAUGGCUAUUAAGGUGACCACCACUCUGCUCUGUUGUCUUGUCCACCAUUCUGAAGGACUAAGGCAGAGAUCACAGAGCUGACACAGUCAAGUUAUGUCCGAGGACCAGAGCGGCAUGAAUGUGACAUUUUGAAGUUAGACUCUGAUACCAUCUUUGGGAUUUCAGUCUGAAAAUACACUUCUGAAAAAUUAACAGAACAAGGUUUUGUGGGACAAAAUGCCAAUAAGGUCAUUGCAUUUCUGUCCUACUGUUCCAGUCCCAUGCUCACAAUUACCUGAACUCUUGUCAAAAUAUUUUCUACUGUAAUAGCCAAAACAUAAUUAACACCUUUUCUUCAUGCUGAAAAUAUCAUUGGUAGCCAUAAAACAAAUUUGGAGAAAGCUUUUCAGCACCUUAACUCAGCAAAUGGCUACUUUGGUUAUACUGUGGUUAUUGGUUAUUGGUAUUUGCCUGCUCAUAGGAGUAACACCCCAUAAUACCCUGCUUUCUCUCCUCCCAAUAGCUCUAACUAUAUGGGAUAUGGAGAAAGAGAAAGGUCAAGGGAGGAGGUAGGGGUUAGGUGGGGUGUGGAAACAAGUCGUGAAAUUCUGUGGGAAAUUAGACAUGAAAUAACCUUUCUGUGCUUUGGUUAUUGUUAUUUGCCUCUGUUAUUCUCCAACUUUUUCAUGUAUUUUUCCUGUAAUCAGGGUGAUAUUCUGAGAUAGUCUGUUUUCCAAAAGCCUGUCUUAAUGUCAGACAGGCAAAAAGUAUGGGUUAAUUUUGUCAUGAAUGGAAAGGCCCUUUAUGGCUUUUCCUGUAUUUUUGGUUCAGGCUACAAAAGCCAAAGUAGUUAUAAUCAGAGAUUUCCAGCAGGGGGUGUACCCACUUCUAUAGGGUAAGUUCUUUUGAAACCAAAUCACAUCAAACAUCUGAAUAUUAUAUGUAGUGUUACUGCUGAUAUGUAAGAGCUGGAAUGUUGAUAACAUUUUUUAUGGCUAUCAUCUCUUUUGAUCCUAAAAAGAUUGUGCAUAUGAAUACUUUGUUAGGAUGUGUUAAAGAAAUAGAAAUUUGUGGAGGAUAUUUAAAUUAAAAACCUAAAAUGCCUGACUGAAAUCUUAGUCUGCUAAUUUUUUCAAAGUAAAUGAGGAACAAAGCUUUGGGUGAUUUUAAUUAUCCAGUGGAGAACAAGUGCUUAAAUUUUUUCCUUUUUAGAUAAGAAGAGUAGUUGAUCCGAGAGGGAUUGGUAAUAUUUACUCUAUCUCUCCAGAGUGUUUCUGUGUGUAUGUAAAAUGAUAAGUUGCUUAUUUUCUCAAAGUUUUUUUUUGUUUUGGGUGGGGAGGGUUGGUAUUUAAAGCUGUUUCCCUGAAGGCAUGGUUCCUGAUCAAUUUUAAAAUAUGCCAUAUUAUCCUUCAGUUUUAUUUUCUGCUCUUUAUAGCCUUUCAUUGUAUAUAUCUAAGCAUUUUUAACCAUAGAACUUUGACCCCCUUUUUCCAUUUUCAGAUUUUUUAUUUGUGCAGAAAACUGUAUGCUUUCUUUUUCGAGAGGAGCAGAUACAAAAAUUAAAAUGAUAUAAAAAUUUGUUAGUUAUUUGUACUGGUAAGCAGCUCACCAGUGUAUUAGUAUUAAUAAGGAGCAAAGUUGUAAAGUUCAGACUCCUUAAUUCAAGAUGGAUGAUAUAGGAGGACUAAAGAGUAAAAACAAUGUCAGUUAUGACAAUUAUCAUUUGAAAACCAUGGCUUCCCCCUCUCCCUGCCGUGCUUCAUUUUCUUGUGUCUGUAUUAUGAAAAAAAUAAAUUUGAAAAGUCUUUUUUUGUCUCCAGUGUUAUGUCCUGAUUCUUCAGUACGAUGUCCUGUUUUGAAGAAAACAGUAAUAUGUAAAGAAUGUUAACACCUUUAAAAGCCCUGAUUUGACUUUGGUUUGUACUGAUACAUGCCAUGGUUAUGAAAUUUCUGAUUAUUUAGGAAAUAAUUUUUAUAUUAGGGUGGACACCCUAUUAUAGUACUUAAUACUUCAACAUCAAAAUUAUAGCUUUGAACUGGCCUCUUGUACUUUUAGGAACUUUUAAUACAAAGGUCAAAAAAUGCAUUUAAAUGCAUGGACUUUCCAACCUGUACAAGUGAUGUGUGUAUUAAGGCAUUAGUACCGCAUUUUGAUGGGUCCACUCUCCAAAAUUUCCUCCUCUCCUCUUUUUCUUCCUUUUUUGUAUAUUUUCUUUCUUUGCAAGUUUUCUGUAGUGUCCUUUUUCCUUGCCUAUUAUAACUGAAAGAAAUAAGUACCUAUGUACCUCACUUAACCUAUUUGGUACCAUUCAGAUGCAAGGGAGUGGCUGGAGGAAGUAAUUUUAGUCAUGCCUUUUUAAAAUUAGGGAGCAAGAAACAUAGAGAAAUUAAACAUCUAUUCUGCUUUUGUCUAUUAAGUUUACCUUAGAGAAAUACGGAGUAGAAGAGCAGGGGUGUGGAAGAAAGGAACAGGACUUCUGCUGAAAUUUUGUGGCAGAUUUACUGACAAAUAUUUUCUAACAGAUUUUUACCAAAAGGCAGUUUUGUUUUUCUUUACUGACAGACCCUAAACGUACUUCUGGUUGGAAGCAGCUGCAUCAUUAUAACACUAAAAAGCAACCUUGGCUAACUAAAGUACCUUAUGUAACAUAAGAAAUAAAGAAUACUUUAAAUUUAAAAGCCUUUUUUAUAUGUUUACUGAUGAUGAACCGUUUUCAAUGCAGGAAAUAAAUCUACUCCCCAAAAGAAAUUGGCCCCCAAGUUACUUCUUUCUUUUAAACGUAACAAAUUGGGGUAGAUUUAUGUUUUUGCUCAUUCAUUCUUUCAUCUGCCGGCAGCUAUUUUAAGAACUAUGUGUAAGACAGAUUCUGAUGACCUUGGGAAAGUCACAAGACCUCAGUUUCUUCAGUGAUGAAAGAAAAGACAUUUUUCCACCGCCCUUUAACCACGACUCAAUGCCAAUGCUCAGAUGAGAAAUACGCCAAAAGCCCAGGGUACCUCCAAACUUGUGAAAUUUCUACGUCUCCAAAAAUAUUGACUAUAUUUGAGACAGUAUAAUAAAAGCCAGGUGACCGAUGGUUCCUAAAGGUUUGCUCAGUAGUAGUGUGAGCAGGGGUCUUCUGGGCCACCUGAAUUCAAUCCGCCCCAUGUCUUGGCAUCUCGCUCCAUUUCCUUAAGAAUGGAUUAAACCGAGGGCCUGCCUCCGUUCCGUCCCUGUGCGGUGUUGACGGAAAAACGGAAUCUUCUUGCUCCCAUGGAGUUUUGCUUUCUGGGAAGAUGAUCCAUAUGAUCUUGAAGACCUUUCUGCACAGAAAUGAGGGAAAUACAAAGAACCAAAUGUAGUUCUGAAAUGUGGGAUCUGUACUUUGAGAUGAUUUUAUUUUCAAAAUGAGAAGUAUAUCUGGUUAUCUUUAUGAAUGUAGAGACAUGACAAGAGAGUUAUGAUGGCAAAAAACAAAGAGCCUCGCCCCCCGUCCUAUACCAUCAGUGUAGUUGGACUCUCUGGGACUGAAAAAGACAAAG